AUGAAAAGAAUAAUUAAGAUUCAGCCUAUCAAUGUUCCAGGUCAAGAUAGUCCCAUACUAUUAGAAACUGUUGAGGCUGAUUUAUUUUAUUUAAAAGCUAAAAAAAAAGUUGCAGAUUCUUUAAAAGGGUAUAAUCAAGAUGAGUUUGUAUUUUAUUCUAAAUCCAAAAAUUUAGUAGUGCAUGAAGACGAUAGAGUAUCAAAACUAUUUUAGAACAAGGAUCAGAAUGAAAUAGAGUUGUAUUUGACAUCCGAUUUAAUCAAGAAGGUAGUAUAGGGAGGAUCUGCAGGUGGAGCAUAAUUUUAUUAAGCAGCUUAAUAAGUAAUGGGAUAGCAAUAGAAUAAGGAAGGAAAGGUAGAAAAGUUAGAAAAUGAAAUAAAAAAAUUAAAAGAAGAAAUUUUUAGAUAAGAAAACAAAGCCAAAUUGGAUCAAAAUGAAUUAGAUGAUAAACUUUAAGAAAUUAAAGAGUUAAAGAAUGAAUAAUUAAAUAUAAAAAAAUGGUGUGAUGACAAAGUGAAAUAGGAGGAGGAGUAGAGAGCAGAAAUUAUUUAAAAAUAUAAAGAUAUGAUGUCUACUAAUAACAAUUUGAAAAAUGAAAUUUUGUAAAAAGAUAAUCAAAUAGAAGAAUUGAAAUAUCAAAUAAAAGCAAUUGAAGUAGAGAAGAAUUUCAAUGAAGAAUAAUUUAAAAGAGAAAACGAAAUGGGAAGAUAGAAAUCUACUAUUGUCAAUGAUAGUUAAAUAAAUGAAGUAAAAAGGGAUUUUGAGAAUCUCAAAAGAUAGUACUAAGAAGAAUAAUUUGAAAGAAAAAAAGACAAAGAGAGGGCAGUUUAGUUUUAGAUGCAAUGUUAAGAAUUCAAGAAUAAACUAUAAUAAAAAAAUGAAGAAUUGAAUUAAGCACGAAGUUUCGCAGAGCAGGAGAUAGAAAAUCUGAAGGAAGAAUUAAGAAGAUCAGAAGAAAAGUGUCAAUAAUACAAAGAUAUAAUAUCUCAAUAAAAGAAAGAUAUUUCUGAUCAAACUUCUAGAUAUAUGGAAAUUCAAAGGAAAUUAGGUGAAGUAGAGGCAGAGUUGAGUUUUUAAUUAAAAACUGUUAAUAAAUUAAGAGAAGAAGCUAAGGAUUAAUAAUAAGAAAUAGAAAGAAAAGAUCAUGUUAUAAAAGAUAUCAAAAACUCAAAGGAUGCAUAAUUAAACAAGAUGAAUAAAUCAGAGGAGGAAAAAUAAGAUAAAAUUCUUUAGUUGGAAGGUGAUAUCAAAAAAUAAAGAGAAGAACUCAGAAGAACAAAAGAUUAAUUAUAAGAUGAAAUUUAAUAAAAGGGAGCUAUAAUUAUGAAAUUGGAAAACUAGUUAAAUAAUUUAAAUGAAACAUACAAUUCAAGCAUGCAGAAGGCAAACUAGGAAAUCUAAAAAUUAUUUAAUUAAUUAGACAAAGAGAAGGAAAAACUAAAAAUUGAAGAACACAAAAGAGUUUAAUUAGCCAAAAGAAUUAAAGAGAAUGCACUUAGAAAGGUAGGAGAUGGUAAAAUAAUUUCACCCACGGAGGCUGUUUUUAGAAAUAUGUCAAAUCCUUUUGAAUUUUUAAAGAAUGAGAAUAUAAUGACUAAUGAUUACACCGCUCAAGUUGAAUUAAUUAGGGUGGAUACAAAUAAAGCAAUAGAGAGUUUAACUAAAUCUUAGGAACCUAAUAUAUCAUAAUUUGUAGUUAGAGAACCAAUUGGAACUUGGUAAAUCAAAAGAAGUUUAGGAAUUAAUGGUGAUGGUACAAAAAGAAAAGGAUUUCUGAUGUAGGUCAUAAAUAGUGAUGGAGAUCGUUAUACUCAUUAGAUUUUCUUAGUUAAAGAAUUGACUGGUUUCGAGAGAAUAGUGACUGUUGAAAAGGCACUUUAUGUUGCUUAAAGUUCCCUAAUAGCAAGAGUUUUAGCUGAGCAUUUCCAAGAUAAGAUUCAAAAGGCUUCUUCUGAAAAGCCUCCUUGCAAAUUUUCAUACAAGGAACCCUUUUUAUUACAAACAGAAGGAAACUACUAUAUUGCAGAGAGAUUAGUAAAAGGAACCUUCAUAAAAUUCAAUGGGGAAGGUGAGUCUAUGGAUAAGGAUCUGAAAGUGACAAGUUAUCUUAAUGCUUUUUCCCUUUUCACAUAUUUGGCCACUCAAAAAAUGUUGAUGGUCUCAAAUAUUUAAGGUAAUUUUGAUGGUGCUGAAUUUAUAUUGUGUGAUCCAGUAGUUUCUUCACCUGAAGGCAUUAUGGGAGAUGAAGAUUUGGCGGAACCACAUAUAUUAUAAUUUUAAGAUAAUUAUAAAGAGAACCCCAAAAACUAUGGGAAGAAUUAUUUAGGAAGUUUAGGGAUAAAAAUUUGA